AUGAGUGAUGACGUAGCACAAUCGUCAAGUUAAAGAUGGCCGCCGAUAAACCAACAGCAAAAGAUAUUCAACUGGUUUUUAAACGAUUAAAACAUUGUGCAACGAACAGAACCUGCUUUGAUUGUGGUCAUCAAAACCCUACUUGGGCAAGUGUGACCUAUGGUGUAUUUCUUUGUAUUGAUUGCUCUGCUGUACAUCGAUCUCUUGGCGUUCAUUUAAGUUUUAUACGUUCAACUCAGUUGGACACAAAUUGGACUUGGAUUCAACUUAGGCAAAUGCAAUGUGGUGGAAAUGCGAAGGCAAAGGCUUUCUUCCGACAGCACAAUUUAAACACAAAUGAUGCAAAAGCAAAAUAUAACAGUCGAGUGGCAAACAUGUAUCGCGAGAAGUUAUCAUCUCUAGCUCAGAAAGCUCACAAACAAUAUGGAUCACAGGUUCUCAUUGACUCAUCUUCCCACGAUAGUAUUCAAUCACCAGAGAAUAAAGAUGUUGAUUUUUUUCAUGAAAUGACAACUUCAUCAACAGAUGUCACACCAUCUGAACCUACAGCAGGCAAUGGACUUACUGAAGUAGCCAAUGGAACCACUAAAGUAGCCAAUGGAACCACUAAAGUAGCCAAUGAAUUUGCUGCACCACUUGUAGAACAGGAUGUGACAGGUAGCAUAGGAAAAGUUGAGGAAGACGUUGUAUCACCUCCAAAACAUCAAGAAACACGUUCAUCUACUAUUGGAGGAAGAAAAACUGGCAAGAAGUCUGCUGGAAAAAAGGGGAAGUUAGGUGCUACAAAGGUAAAAACUGACUUUAAUGCGUUGGAAAGUGAAGUCAACAAAGCUGAAAAACUUGCUGUGAAAACGGAGGAUGUGAAGGAGUUUGAAAAAACUGGAAAAAUAUCAGGAAACCUCGCUUACAAACCAAAGAAUAUGGAUAAAGAACAGGAAAAACUGCGUCAUACCGAUCCAAACAAGGCAGCGCAAUUGCAGAGACUUGGUAUGGGUUUUGGAAACGCAAAACAACCUUCUCAUCUUUCACAUUCUGCAUCUGCUGGUUUAUCUACCGUGGAACAAGUUGACCCAAUAUCAAAUUCUAGAUACAAGACUGCGUUUGAUAGAUAUUCAAAUAGAUCUCCCGAAGAUGAAGAUGGAUAUUUUGAUAGUGGUUAUGAUAGAGAUCGAUAUAGUGUUCAUGACUCUGCUCCAAGUUAUUCGUUGGACGAGUUUCUUGAAACGGAAGAGCCAGCAUCCAAUAGCAGUUAUCCUCGGUCAGAAGGAAGAUCGAAAAGCGGUAAUAACAGAAAGUAUAACAGCUCAUCUUCUGCUGCAAAUGGAGAUGAAGCGCAGAGGAAGUUUGGGAAUGCUAAGGCGAUUUCAUCAGAUCAAUUCUUCGGUCAAAACUUUGAUGCAUCUUACGAAAAUAAAGCAAAGCUUGAUCGUAUGUCAGGUGCUUCCGCUAUAUCAAGCGCAGACUUUUUUGGAGACCAACGACGAAGUGGGCAGAGAGGAGGAUCAUCGUUUCAAUCGCCUGAUAUGUAUCAAAUACGCGAGGGAAUUGGUCGCAUGACUGAGAAGAUAAGUACCAUGGCAACUGGUGUUAUAAGUACCAUUCAGGACCGUUAUACUUCCGGUUAAAAUGGCCAGUAGUUAGAGAUAUGUAUCAUAUUAUUCAUAUAUCAGUGAUUUGAUCCAAGUUCGUUCGAUCUUUGAUGUCAGUCAAAGACAAUACGAACAUAAAAUUAAUUCAUUCUUUACACAUGUUGAUGAUCAUUACUACUUCUAUUGGAUUACGACUAGACAUGAGGUCGAUUUGCCACUUUCGAAAGCAUUUUUCUUCUUCUUUCCUUUAUCAACUACGAUCGAUUCUCAAGUCUGUUUUCAGAAUCCAAACGAAGUGAUAGUGAGGUUUCAGAACACCGAUUCUUGUAGACUUGCGACGGCAUAAUUUACUUAAUUGUAUAACAGUACUACUGCCUCUAUGAGCCAAAUCAGUGUGUAUUCCAAUUCAUUUUGAGCCAUUUUAUGCGUGCGUGUUUAACGAUUGAUUAUAUUAAUCGCAGGAGUUGAUUGGAUGAUUAAGAAAAGGUUUUUGAUUGGAUGGUUGAAAAACGGUUUUGCAUUACUUAUGAUCUGAAUGUGAAACAUUGCUAUCGUUAUUAAAAAUAGGUUAUAAAAUGUUUUUCAUGUUAAAAUUGUAAAAAAUUUUAACCCAUUAUUGCCGAAGGAAGCAGCUCCACAUAAUAAUAAUGAACUGAAUCAAAAACAAUUUGAAAUAAAAUUUUUAAUUUAACACAAUUUUUUACCAUCUCCAAACUACAAUACCAUUAAAUAUGUUUGUGUAAACAAACCACGUCUGAUUAGCAGACAUCUCCACUCAACCGCAAUAAUCUUCACGAGGAUUUCGUUGUCUACAAGAAAAAUGAGAGAAUAUUUGUUAUUCCAGGUAUUUCUAAAAACGUAAAUAGAUCAGUGACAAAUUACCGUGGAGCGGCCUUUAUUAUAUCAUCUACACGUAAUAUCAUUUCUGCUGCCUCAGCUGCUGAUAAUAACACUUGUUGUUUGACUUUGAAUGAUUCUGUAAUACCUAACUCUACCAUGCUUCCAAUGACGCCAGUUCGCAUAUCUGUAAAACAAAGAAAAACAACUUGUUGAAUGAAGUAAAGUUUAUAAACUCA